AUGGCGGCCAUUUCACCUCGUCUAAGGAGUGCCUACCUGGAUAUCUCGGCCAUCGUCCGGAGCAGCUACAGACGACAUGGAGUACAACGUGCUUAUACAGGAGAAAUCACACGACACAGGGGACUACAUACUACACGCUGCCUACUAAACAGUAACACAUACCGGAGUUCCGACUUCGCCAACCAAGGCUUCACAUCCUACUACGACGCCUCCGCACCCACCACCGGCCCACUAGCCGACAGCUCCAACAUCGGCGCCCCCCGCAUAACCCCCCGACUCCUAAAAGACCACCUCGACGCCUUCGUCGUCGGCCAAGACCGCGCCAAACGAGUGCUAGCUACAGGUGUGUAUAACCACUACCAACGGAUCCGCGAACUCCAACGCCGAGAUGAAGAGGAGAGCGAGAUGCUGGCGCAGGAGGAGCGGAGGCGGAUGAGUGAGGUCCGGAGACAUCCGGUUGAAGGUAGGGAGAAUGAUCUCAAAGCUGGGAUCGAUGUGCCUUCGCUGACGAGGACUUGGGAGGGGAAAGAUGAGUUUCCCGGGCAGCAGGCUACCAUACAUAUGCCUCCUCCACCUCCGCCAAAUGCGGUCAAUAGUCAGGGACAGCGAGGAGGGCAACCAGCGUCGGAGGAUCUGUGGAAGCAGGCUUUUGGCGGGCAGGGUGGACGGGGUGCGGCAGGGCAGCAGCAGCAGCAACAGCAGGGUAUUGUCGAUGAUACACCUUUGACGAUCGAGAAGAGCAAUAUACUACUCCUCGGACCUUCUGGCGUAGGUAAGACAUUGAUGGCAAAGACUCUGGCACGAGUCCUGGAAGUCCCGUUCAGCAUGUCCGACUGCACACCUUUUACCCAAGCCGGCUACAUCGGUGAAGACGCCGAAGUCUGCGUCCAACGCCUCUUAGCAGCUGCGAACUAUGAUGUUGCGCGUGCGGAAAGAGGAAUCAUUUGUCUGGAUGAAAUCGACAAGAUCGCUACGGCAAAGGUAUCGCACGGCAAGGAUGUCAGUGGAGAGGGUGUGCAGCAAGCUCUACUCAAGAUCAUCGAAGGCACGACUUUGCAGGUACAAGCGAAGAGUGAACGUGGUGCUGGGACUGGUACGCCUGGUCGGCAGGGUGGCUAUGGUAGUGGGGGUGGUAGUCCGAUGUCUGGUGGUACCAUGUCGGGCAGUCAACAGGGACCUGGUAUGGGAGGCGGUAGUGGUGGUGGACCUCAGAAAGGGGAGGUGUACAAUAUCCGGACUGAUAAUAUCCUGUUCAUCUGCGCCGGAGCGUUUAAUGGACUACACAAGAUGGUGCUGGAUCGCAUUAGUAAAGGCAGUAUCGGCUUCGGCGCGACUGUGCGAGCAGCACCUGCAUCCUCUGCUGGUGGAGGGAAUGAUCACGAAACCGUCCUCGAAGGCGAAGAUGAGCUUUUCGAGAAAUACCUUCCUUACUACAGCCCCACCAACCCCCCAAAUCAAUCCCACCGCGGCAAACCCACGAAACGAAAGUUCAACACCCUCGACCUAGUCGAACCCCAAGACCUCCAAAAGUUCGGCCUCAUCCCCGAACUCGUCGGCCGCAUCCCCCUCUCCUGCGCCCUCUCCUCCCUCGACAUCGAAGCCCUAGUCAAAGUCCUCACCGAACCCCGCAACAGUCUACUCCAACAAUACAAAGAACUCUUCGCGCUCUCCAGCAUCGAGCUCCGCAUCACCAGCCCGGCUCUCCGCGUGAUUGCCCGCACAGCCUCGAAAAUGGGCACAGGUGCCCGCGGUCUUCGCACGGUCAUGGAACGCCUGCUCGGCGACGCAAUGUUUGAAGCCCCAGGCUCUGGCGUGCGUUUCGUGCUGAUUACGGAGGAUGUGGCGGAGAGGAAAUGUGCGGCGCUUUUUUUCGGCCGAGCGGAGGCGGAUGUUUUUCAGAGGAUUGGGGUGGAGGAGGAGGAGGGGUGGGAGGAGAGGUUGAGGAGGGAGAGGGAGGGGGAUGAUGCUGGUGAUGGGGAGGGUUGGGGGAAGGAGAGGGCGAGGGUUAAUCGGGUCGGGGGGGCGGCGAGGACGUUUGAGGAGUAUCGGGAGAAAGCUGCUGCGGGGGGUUUUGUGUAG